AUGGAGAACAUAGAUUGUCCCCCAGAUUUCAGAUGCCCCAUAUCAAGGGAAAUCAUGAAGGAGCCGGUCACCAUCGUCACCGGAGUUUCCUACGAACGGAAGCACAUUGACAAAUGGUUCAACGUCUACAAAAAGAAAACCUGUCCCGCCACCAUGCAACCCCUCGACAAUUUCGAUGUGACCCCAAAUCACACGCUCAAGAGUCUCAUCCUUGCAUGGCGGGAAACACUUGCAGCUGCUCCGUUGUCGUCGUCUCCGGCUCAGCCUUUUGUCAAGCACGGUGAGAUGGUCUCCCUCUUCAACGCCCUCGAUUCUUCUCCUUUCAAAGUAACUUGUUUGAAGAAAAUUCGGGCGAUAAUCCAACUGGGAGAUGAUACGAGGUCUGAGUUCGUUAACUCCGGUGGUGUCGAGGCUGUUGUUCGAAUGCUUGUUAAUCAGACCACCGACGACAACUGCGAUCUCGAUAGUUUUCAAUCCUGCGAGGAAGCUCUAGGUCUCUUACAUCUACUACCUUUAUCAAAACAAGACAAAGCGUUUCAAGUGUUAGCGAAAUCGGAACCGAUGAAAUCGAUAGCAGCCGUGCUUCAACGUGGGAGUUCCGAAGCCAGGUUUCAUGCCAUAGUCAUAUUUAGAAAGAUAGCUAAAACAGGUUUCGAUUGGAACCAAUUAGUUGAAGAUCGAGGUAUAGACCUGUUUAAGUCAUUAUUAGAACUGGUCUGCGAUGAGAUAUGCAGCAAGGCAAGUACAUAUGCACUUGAGCUUCUAUUCGAAAUACUAGCAUCGUCCAAGAAAAGCCGAUCGAAGGCCAUCGAAGCCGGUGCCGUUUGCGUCCUCAUCGAGCUUUUACCGGACUCCAACCGGUCCAAAUGCGAGAAAAUGUUGCUCUUGAUGAAGCUGUUAUGUGAAUGUCCGGAGGGAAAGACGGCGUUAGUGGAUCACGGUUUAGGAAUCGCCGUUGUUUCGAAAAUUUUGCUGCAAGUUUCGCGUACGUUUUCAGCCGACGGAAAGGUUUUUGGAGGAAAUGCUGAUGUACGGAGCAGUGAAGAAGCUGGUGACAUUGUUGCAUUUGGAGGGACUGUGUUCGACCAAGAAAAGGGUACUGGACAUGUUGAAGUUGCAUGUUUGUUUGAAUCUGGUAACGUAAAUCCUGUGAAGAGGUCCUAUAACGGAGGGAGAGCAGCAUUGGUAGUGGCACUCCAUGAUCGUUCACCAAAAGAAGAAAGAGAGAAGAAGAUUACAUGGUUCCGCCACCGCCGCCCUCCACCGCCCCAAACGCCGACAUUGCUCAUGAAAGAUGACGCAAAUUGCUGCAUUGGUGGAUGUGGGUUGUCAAUAAUCCACACUUAA